CGGCCCGCCAUCAUCUAGAAAAGUUGGAAUCACAAAAAUUUCUUAAAUUCUCUACGUCACCGUCACGUCUAUGUUGUCGAGUCCAUAGAGUGAUGACUAGACCAACAUGCAGGACAGCUCAUGAGAAUCUUUAUUCGAAUUUACGGGUCGAUUUACGGCGCGAUACUCUCCCGUCGACCCUCGCCAAGCUUAAGCUCGGUGCCCUCAUUAUAUACCACGAAAAUACGUGAUGGGCAUAGGAAAGCUAGUUGCGAGGGUUUACUUGCUAUCCCCGGCCGCCCCUCCUCGGUACGACCUAGGAAGAAGCUUAAGACAUCCUGCACCUUUACAUCUGCAAGAUACAUCAACUCGGCGAUAACAACACCGGGCCAUCGGCCUUCAAGUCCUGGCUAUUUCAGCUCGAAUUUCCAUUGUAGCCGCAAAUGGAAUCAUGCGUCCAGAGGCACAGGCGAUACUCCUCCUCCGUCGCAAGGAGUUACGCCCAGACCUGAGCUACUUGAAAUUGUUGACCAGUACGACGAUACCUCUAUAAAUGAGCACCUUGAGUUCUUGAGGGACCCUUACCUACGAAGAUAUGCUCCCGCAGACGGCCCAUAUCUUACGGUCUCGGAUAGAAGUGAAGAUGUCAACCUACAAUCUGUUGACCCCAGGCAAAGACUAGAUCCCGAAGAAUCUGAGGUAGUUCGAAAGCUACGAGAGGUUGUACUUCUUAAACUUAGGCGCCCGGCAACGAUAGACUUAGAUGAGGUAUAUGACCGGUACUUGUCGCUUCCUGAGCCCCGUACAUCUCAUAUUACGGCUCGGUUGAGGCAUCAGUUGCUUGCGGUCCUAGGAAUGACUGAACGGAAAAACUCCAAGUCUAUGUUGCGAUAUUUUUCUGUGGUGACAGACGUAAAGAACAGCGGCUUCCCCCUAACUAGAUUUGAAUGGAAUACCGCCAUGUCAUUUGCUAGUCGGUAUGUCGGAAGAUCAACAGAAGUAGAGGUUGAGGCUGCGCUCCAUCUCUGGCGUGAGAUGGAGCAGACCGCAGGUAUUCGCGCCUCUGAUGUGACUUUCAACAUCCUCUUCGACGUUGCAUCGAAAGCUGGUAAAUUUACUCUCGCCGAGAUGAUAUACCAGGAAAUGAUGACCCGCGGUUUUCAGUUCAACCGAUAUCAUCAUGUCAGUCUGAUUCACUACUUUGGUCUUAAACAGGACACCGGCGGGAUGAGAGCAGCCUAUAAAGAGAUGGUGGAGUCGGGUGAAGUAAUCGACUCAAUCGUACUCAAUAGUGUCAUAUCUGGAUUUCUGACAGCUGGGGAAGAAGAUUCUGCUGGAAAGGUCUACGAAAAAAUGAAACUGUCGGCUCGAGGAACCAAGGUGCUGCCAAAUCGUAACUACUCGAUACAGAAGAAUAUUACCAAGGUGCUUAUGAUGUUUGCGAGGGUAGCAAAAAAGCAUCCUGACAUGCGUCCGAAUUUUCAGAAAACCGCACUGAUCUCGCCGGACCUGCAAACCUACCGCCUCCUUAUCAACUACUAUGGCCCGAGAUUAGGGGAUCUCUCUAAAGUCGCACAGUUCCUCGAUGAGAUGAAACUUUUCGAAGUUGAACUGCACGGCGCUAUAUUCCUUGCAAUUUUCAAGGCAUUCGGUAGGCACGGGAGUGCCGGAUCGGAUUGGUCAGCGGAGAGGUUAGUUAGUGUAUGGAACGCUUUCUUGGACGCCCUUGACUCUGGGACUGAGGGGUUUUACAUCAGUACAUGGAUGGCUAUGGCUGUUUUGAGGGCCUUCUCCAGAUUUUCAACUCGAGAUCAGAUGUUGGAUAUAUACGAAAGUCUGAGGUCUAGAUGGGAUCUGGACACAGCAAAUUCGCAAUUCAUGAUAGACUUCCUAAAAAGGAUCAUGCAACAAGACAAUUUCGUUGUACAAUCCAGAGGCAUGUCAUUUUGACAUGAGGAAUCAAAACGGGACAUAUAUAGGUGUAAAAUAAUGGGUAGGGGCGAUGGCUGCGGAUCAAUGAUACCACUUAUAUGUACAUAUUAUGAUAAAAAUAGACUUGCCUGUAAAUACUUAAGAUGUUACGAUCUGAAUAUCAACUGAAAAAACACACUCCAUA